AUGCGUUUCACAUCUCUCCUCGUCGCCGGCAUGGCCACCCUCGCCUCUUGCGCUCCCGUGGCGCUUCUAGAUGGGCCCCUUAGCGCUGUUAACGCAGGCAACCUCCCGCCUGUCCUCCAGGGUCUCAAAGACAUCGCAACUGUCGGUAGCAACCUCGCGGAUAAUGUGGGCACGAAACAUUUCAGCGAUGCGGAUUCCCAUGUCAUUCUCAACGCCUCCCGGGACUUUGUCCAACUCCACCAGAAGCUCAUGAACGUCAUGAUUGGCAAGGCUGGCCUCUUUUCCGUGGUUCCUGAGAUCGGCCAGCCCGUGACCGCUGCCCUGAAAGACGACCAGGGCGCCAUCGAGACUCUUGCUUUUGCUCUCGAAGACACCGCCGAUCUUGUCGCCGCUGAUCUGCGAGCGGAGUUUGCUAGCCUCGACGAUUCGAUCGCCACUGCCGUCAAGGCUUACGAGGGCCUUAAGCUCAACUAA